AUGGCUCACUACACCCCUUGGCUAACACACUGGUGGACCAGUCAGAACGGAUUUCCUGUUGAUUGUGCUAUGUCUGGAGGUGCUAAGUAUUCUCGCCAAGAUUUAGAAAUUAUGCCCAAGCUUGCUGGGAAUCUGCAACACUUAAAAGGACAACAUGAGGCCUUCUUCCGGGACAUGAUGAUUGGUUUUAGUGGUUGGGGAAUGGAUCCCAUGGAUCUCAAGAACCCUUUCCGCUACAGUGAAGGGUCUGUGCAUUUGUGGCAAGGGGAUGAAGAUGGCUUGGUGCCUGUUACGCUGCAACGCUACAUUGCUGAAAGACUUCCAUGGAUACACUACUAUGAAAUUGCAGGUGCAGGACAUGUAUUUCCAUACGCUGAUGGUAUGGGUGAGGCUAUCCUAAGGGCACUGCUACUUGGGGAAAAGUAG